UAAGCUUCUUUUGUUCUUUGGAAUUUGGACGUUUUCGCCGAAGAGUUUCGAGAGGUGGAAAGUAAAGAGGAGGAAGAGGCGUUGGAUGCUCGUUUAAUUCUCCAAUUUUGCAACGGUGCUUCGAGAGGGAAACGAAAGGACGAAUGCCCAGUUUGGACUAAGUGGAAUACGAGCAUGAUGCCGUAUCGUCGAACAGACGGGGAGAGGAAUCAAGAAAAGGACUAUCGCGGCUGAAUCAUGGAAGAAAGCAAUAAAGAAGAAUCGUCGACCGCUCGAUAUCGAUUGUUCGAGAGGUAAAAACGUCGAAGAGUCCGCGAAAUGGAUGCCGGCAAAAGUUGUGGAUGCCGAAUGAGAAUGUCAGCCGAUGACACGCGUAUUAAAGUUUCAACGGACAGACAUUAACUCCGUUUUCGAGGAGUGGAGCAACCAAGGAUUCUCAGAAUAGAAGAUUCAUAUCAACGGAUCUGGUAGUGACGGCGGACCAUGGUACAUUAUUUAAGAUGAUAACCAGCGGACAUUGAAGAGCCUGCCAGGACAAGGGAAUAUAUCUCUGUACGUCAUGGAGGAACACGUGAACCAGGCUGGAAACUCGUCGACGGAUGGGCUGGUGUUCACCGAUGCCUCGAUUAUCCUCAGGGCUCUGGUGCUCGGUCUCCUGAUACUCGUCACCGUUUUCGGGAAUCUGUUCGUGAUAGCGGCGAUCCUGUUGGAGCGAAAUCUUCAGUCAGUGGCGAAUUAUUUAAUCGUCAGUUUGGCUGUCGCUGAUCUAAUGGUCGCCUGCCUUGUCAUGCCUCUCGGAGCAGUUUACGAGAUAAAUUCGGGAUGGUCGCUGGGGCCGGAGCUUUGCGACAUGUGGACCAGUAGCGACGUUCUCUGCUGCACUGCCUCGAUAUUGCAUCUGGUGGCUAUCGCGGUCGACAGAUAUUGGGCAGUCACCGAUCUCAAUUAUAUACAGGCGAGGAAUCCACGCAGGAUCGGUAUGUUGAUCGUCACCGUCUGGGUGGUGUCCCUAGGAAUCUCGUUGGCACCCCAACUCGGUUGGAAAGAUCCCGAUUAUUUAGAUCGUAUAGCGGAUGGAACGUGUCUGGUGUCGCAGGAUCCCGCAUACCAGAUCUUCGCCACUUGCGCCACUUUCUACGUGCCCCUGCUGGUUAUUCUAUUUCUGUACUGGAGGAUAUUUCAAGCGGCACGGAAACGAAUCAGGAAGAGACCAGGGACUAUCGUGCAACCACCUCGCGAAAGAAGAGGCAUCCUUAGACUCGUCACAAGAAGGCCAAGAGAGGAAUCGACGGCGUUCACCAUAACGAGAUCCACCCCAGAUCACUCGUCCAUCUCUCCAGAGAAGUCGUCGUCGUACAACGGGGCCAAUACGACCCAGUCGGCCACCGUGACACCGUCCACGGUGUCCACGACGACCACCACAACCAUCACCACGGUGACGAACCCUUCCAGCAGCCAUUCGACUUCCUCCAGCAAGAGAACACGCGAAACGAUCGAGUCGAAGCGCGAGAGGAAAGCAGCGAAAACACUGGCGAUAAUAACGGGUGCAUUCGUCGCGUGUUGGCUGCCUUUCUUCUUGGUCGCUCUGCUGCGUGCCACGUGCGAAGUCUGCGAGCCACCGGAGCUGAUAGCUAGCGUCUUCCUGUGGCUGGGCUACUUCAACAGCACCCUGAACCCUGUGAUUUACACGGUAUUCUCACCAGAGUUCAGGCAGGCCUUCAAGAGGAUGCUUUGCGGUGGUUCUAGGAUAAUUCGCUGACAGUGGAUUUAAAUUCGAUCGUUUUCGAAGCGAGUGCGAGCGUAUGCAAAGUGUGACGACGAGUGCGUGGCCGUGUGUUUCUCGUGUACAUAAGACAGUUAUUACGUCAACCUUUGACUACUAUGGCUAUUCGAACUGUUAUCGUGUUCAGUUAAGUAACACUUGUUUCGCGCCGAUUUCAUGAGUGUGAAUGCGUAAACCUUUCAUUGAUACUUAGCAAUUAACUAAAUUGUUAAAUGAGCGGUUUCAAAGUGUCAAAGUUUUAGCAAGAUUCACUGACAGCAAAGUAGAUCAGACUUGAGGUCCUGUCCUCAGUUGCAACAAACUUUGAUCGCAAAAUCAAAAUUAUAAUAAAUGACUUGUGAAAAUAAAAAGGUUUAGGCAUACAAUUUUGUUUAAUGAAAUAAUUUGCCUUGUCAAUGUACUUAAUGUUUGCUCAGGUCACGUAUAGUGAAAGGUAAUAUGAGGAGAUGAAAAUGGGGAUGAUUGAGAAUUAAAACUGAUCUCACAAGUCCAUAGUAGUUAAUGGUUAACAUUUUCCUCUCCUUCGGAUAGCGUUCAACUAUCGUAUCACGUACUUAGGCAUGCCUUAGAAAAUCCGUAGUGUUUUUCAUUGAAAGUUUUCGCUGGAACGACAAAAUUGGCCCCGAAAGUCUGCGAACAGCCAACGUUCCCGGUCGAAUUCAACCUCGAGAAUGGAUUUUUUCCACGAGCUCCGAGGGUGACUCGACGUUGUUUCGAGGCGAUUGUUCCUAAGAUAGCGUUACCUUACGAAAGUUCUCUUCGAAAUAGCUACAUUCUCAGAUAUGUCUAUGAUAAACACUUAACUUGCUACCGUUUAGCUACCACUAACGAGAGAAGGGGCGGCCAAUUUCGAGCGGACAAAAGAAUACGUCAAACUAUGCAACGAUGGAGUAAUAAUCAGAAUACAUCUUUAAGCAGCAACAUCCUUUUUUUAAGGAUUAACAUCAACACACAAUAAAGUAGAAACCCUAAUGUUGAUGCUUAAAAAGAAAUAUUGUCCAGCAGUAUAAUUAAUAUUAGAAGAGUAACGUUAAAACAAAAAUCUAUGAAAAAGUCAUCUAAAUUUAAUAAUGAAUAAUGUUUCGAUUCGAGUAAAAACAAUACAUUUUCACGAGCCACAGGAAAUGCACUUUGUGGGACGAAAUCAUGCUUCAAAGUUGCGUAAGCCCGAAAUUAAUUUGCAUCAGCCAGAGGAUACCAUCUUGAGGAUUAAUUAAACUUAAUUGCCGAGUUCCCGGUGGCUUGAUCCGCUCGAAAUCUUGCCGAUAUAAAUUCGUAUAUGCAACAACUAUCGUGUACAGAUGUAUAAACAUUCAUUUGCUCCGUUGCUGCUCACGAAACCACUGCGAUUGUCAUUUUAAAGAUAAAUCAUUAAUAAUAAACUUAGACGUCGACAUAUCGUUGUCGAUUUCUCUUUGUCGAAACGUAAACGUAGCUCCCGCCGAUUAUCCAUCGAUUUCAUGCGAAUCUUCUACUGUACAUACUAUGAUACUUCUAUAGCGAGUAAUCUUCACGGUAUCGACGAAUCGAUCUUCAUUUCCAAGUUCAAUAGAAGCGACAGAGAUCGAUACAGUGCCACGAGUUUGCAUCGUUGUUCUCGAAUACUAAUUGAACGUUUGCGGUUCUGUGUCGCGACUGAUUCUUUAGAUUUUA